UGAAAUCAGAGAGAGGGAAGGAAGCCCACUGAGCUUAUCCUAGCUGUGCUCCCUGACAAUUCCCCUUUUCGGUUCAGUACUUCUGUUCCUAACCAGGAAAAAUUUAUUAUCAAGGAGACACGCACUCCCCUACCACGGACGUUCCAGCUGGAUCCCACAGCAGCUAUGGCAAGUGGUAUGGAGUCAGAUGAUGAGCAGGUGGUGCCAGAUGAAGAAGGACCUGAUGUGAAAGCAGUGCAAGCCCACUAUCUCCGAAGCCCCUCUCCCAGCCGAUAUUCAGUGAUAUCAGACACAGACACUGAAAGCAUCUUCAUGGAACCCAUCCAUCUGUCAUCUGCUGUGGCUGCAAAACAGAUCAUCAAGGAAGAAUUGAAAACAAAGGAAGUGAAGGUAGAUACUACAUGUCCGGGAAUGCUGGAAUCUGCAGAGCAGCUACUGGUGGAAGACCUGUACAAUCGAGUUAAGGAAAAGAUAGAUGACACCAGUUUAUUCAACACUCCUUGUGUCAUGGACCUGCAGAGGGCACUUGUGAAAGACCGUCUUGAAUCCCCAAGGGAUGCUAUUGAUGAAGUCUGGCCAAAUAUCUUUAUAGCAGAAAAGAGUGUUGCAGUGAACAAAGGUCGCCUAAAGAGAAUAGGAAUUACACAUAUCCUUAAUGCUGCUCAUGGCACUGGUGUGUAUACAGGACCAGACUUCUAUAAUGGCAUGGAUAUCCAGUACCUGGGCAUAGAGGUGGAUGAUUUCCCAGAUAUGGACAUCUCUAAACAUUUUCGCCAGGCUGCAGAGUUCCUUGAUGAAGCAUUACUAACCUAUAAAGGAAAAGUUUUGGUCAGCAGUGAAAUGGGGAUCAGUCGCUCAGCAGUACUGGUAGCGGCUUACCUGAUGAUCUUCCAUCACAUGACAAUCUUGGAAGCCUUGAUGACUAUACGUAAGAAGCGGGCUAUUUAUCCCAAUGAUGGCUUCCUAAAACAGCUACGGGAGCUCAAUGAAAAGCUUCUGGAGGAACGACAAGAGGAAGAUGCUGAAGAUACUGAUGACACAAGUAGUCAAAGUUCUGUAGUUAGAGCUGGAAGCUGUUCCUUGCUGUCUGAGAACGGGAUUUCUGGAAGUAUUAUGGGAGCCAAAGUCCACUCUAUCACAGUCGAAGAAGAUGACACAACAAGCCUCCUGGGAAGUGUAAUGAGUACCUCUUCCAUUGGGAAAUCAAGCUUGGCUUCCAAACAACCUACCCUAAUCAGUGAAGAGGAAGAGGAAGAACUCUAUGAAGAAUGGAGGAAAAAGCAGGGCUUGUCUGACAGGGAACUUCCAAAGAAGGAUGGACAGAACAAACCAUCAGAUCUUAAAUUUCCAGUGCAAGAGAAACCUGAGGAGGACACAGAUCAGAUGAUCCAAGAAUGGCAGCGCAAAAAUGAGAAGUGCCAAAUGGAAAGCUAUUUGUUUCCCAAGGAGGAGGUUGGAGUUUCUAGCAUGGAAGAAAGACUACAUUCUGUGAAUGAUAUAAGUGAUACUGAAAGUGUGAGUAGUCAGGAGAUAAGGAUCCUGAAACAACAACUGGAAGCAAGUGGCAUCAACAGAAUGAGGAGAGGGCGCACAGAUUCUAUGUCUACAGAAAGUAGUUGGGAUAUGUGGAAUGAGAGGAUGAUGGAGAUAGAGAAGGAAGCCGCUCAGAGAUAUUGUACCAGAAGUGAAUGUAGAAAAGAGAAUUUAAGGCUGGAUGGAACAAAGGGAAGAGAUGUGGAUGAAGAAAGUAUGUUAUCUGAUGCCAGUUCCUUUUAUAACUUCUGUCAAAAAAACAAAGACAAACUGACUGCUUUGGAAAGAUGGAAGAUCAAAAGAAUCCAGUUUGGUUUUCACAAAAAAGAUCUGGAAGGCUCUGAGCAAUCCAAGGUUGAAGAUGGCAGCCAACAAUGUAAAGAGGCUACAGAAGAGGAGAAGAACUUGUCAGAUGUCAACCUAACAGCCUACCAAGCCUGGAAGGCUAAACACCAGAAGAAGGUUGGCAGUGAGAAUAAGGACGAGAUUGUGGCACUUGCUAAAGGUGAAGAUUCUGCUUCUGCCAGGAGAAAACAGAGACGAAUGGAGCUACUUGAGCACUCAAAGAAAGUUUUGGAGGAAAGCCAAUCUCUCUGCAGCUGGGAAGCAGACAGCACAAUGAGCGGAAGCAUCCCACUGUCAGCCUUUUGGCCAUCAGCAGCUUCAGUAAAUGGCACUGAGGAUUCUGCUUCAGCACUGAGCAUGCAAACCAAUCGCUCAUCAUUCUCUCAGGCCAGAAGCACUUGUGGGGCCAUGUCAGGUCAUGCAGAAGCAAGUGUGCCAAACCUCCCACUUGGCCCAGACAACACAAUAUCAGUAGCUUCUAUUCAAAACUGGAUUGCCAAUGUUGUUAGUGAAACUAUUGCUCAGAAACAAAAUGAGAUCCUGAUGUUGUCACGGCCAUCAUCUGUGCUGGCUUCUAGUAUAAAGUCAGGUGAUGCAGGCAGAUAUCUGGAUGAUGACAAGACAUCUUUGCUUAGUGCCCAGAGUGGCUUCUCUCUAGCUAAUUCCCUGCAUCACCAGCAAAACACUCAGUAUGCUGACACUCAGUCCAUCCUGUCUUGUGGCACAUCAACAAGUGGAAAGAUGGGAGAAUCCAGUUCAAGCAGGAGAGUGACACUAACAAGUAAGCCACUUUUCAAUCUCUUUGCUGAUGAGGUUGACCUCAAGAAUCUUAGCAGAAAGGAAAAGAAGAUGCAGAUGGAAAUGAGAGAGAAAAUAUCAGAUUACCAGACUGAGAAAGUUAUCAGUGACAAUAAACGUAGCACGUUAUUUAAGAAGAAGAAGAAAAUUAAGGAUGAUGAUGAGGAAAAGAAGACAGAAAAUGAUAUCGAAAAUGUGGUCAGUGCACUUAAGUUGCCUUUGCAAACUGAUCUUGACCGCAGUGACACAGCUUCCACUCUUUCAGGUCAGUUUACCAGUCUUGGUGGUGCUGUCAAGUCAGAAGUGGAGAGUAAUAUAAACAAGUGGCUUAAAGGUUUGAAGGCAGAAGAAACGUCCUCAAACCAGGACUGCUCAAGUGAAGAAAAAUACAAGAGAUCCUCCACAUUCAGAGAGGUGGACACUGAAUCUUCUAGCUACAGGAUUUCCAGAUCCCAAAGAGAAGAGAUGGAUAGAUCCUCAACAUAUCAGUGUAAAGAUGAUGUGCAGAGAGCCUCUUCACAGUUUUCCUCCUCCUCUGUAAAAGAAGGCAAGGAGGCAUAUACAUUUACACGGUCAAAACUGAGUGAGUCAAGUUCCAGAGAAGAAAGUCCAGAGCCAUAUUUUUCCAGGAGAACCCCAGAAUCGUCCUGCAGCUCAGAAUCUUCAGAACCAUCCACACGAAGUAGGAUCAGAUCACGUCACUUGGAAGAGUAUGAGGAGGAAACCAGUUCAGAUGUGGCUGAGUUUGGCGCCAAAAGGAAGUUCACCCAGAGCUUUGCAAAGUCUGAUGAGAAUGGAGAGAAAGAGGGAAGAGAAGAAGAAAGAGAAGAGUGUUAUGCAUCAAGGUGUUCAUUUAGAAACAGGCAAAGCACUCGCAAAGAAGAAGAAGAAAUGGACGAUGAUGCUAUCAUUGCUGCCUGGAGAAGUCGGCAGGAAGAAACAAAGGCAAAGCUUCGACGAAAGAGGGAGGAGUAAUGGAAAUCAAAGUUAUACCAGCUCUGUAUUUCUCUAUUUGAAGAAAAGCCUCUGGGCGAAAAAGAUUACAAAUAUCUCAUUUUAAUCACUUUCCAUUGUAUUUUCCAUCAUCAUUCUCAGUUAACAGAGCACCUUUUAAUCCUGCAUAUAUUCACUUAUUCUUCAUUCUCAGACCAUGAGAUAGUAAUAGUGCUCUUCCCACUGUGUAGCAAUAAUAUUCAUUUCUUUGUGUAUAGAAAUGUUUCAAGUGCUCUUUGAGAAUAUGUUUUAGUAAGAAUAAUUGAUAAUAAAUGAAAGCAAACAUCAGAGGCUCAAA